AUGGCAUCAUCUCUGAUAGAAACCUCUGCUGGCCUGCGGGGUCUCAAGGGUCAUGUUCUGAACGCAAGAGCGACUUUCCUCGCCACAUUGCGACGUCUGCCGAGUCUGGCCACCUUUCAUAAUUGCCGUAUGCCGGGCAACCAAGUAAUGGAGUACCUUGGAUACGAACUUUGCGCAGACUUGUUCCACAACCAGCAAAAUAAUAGACUCCAUCACAGUAACCAAGGCUUCUUUGCAUUCCUACUACCAGCACUGAGGCAGUUAGGGACACAGAUUCACAGUCUACAUUAUGCCGAUGAAUGGAUGUAUACUGGCCUCACGGGACUCACGGUCGGCGGUGUCAGAGCUUUUCAACACAUUACUUCACUCGAUCUAUCCAUCCCUGGUACACCUCAUGAUGCCCCUGAUGAGAGCUCUAGCGGCCUCCUCAGCGCUUUAACAAACAUUACUGGGCUAGGCCAAUUGAGACUUCGCAUUGGUUACCUACACGCUUCUAUCCGCAAGUUGCUACAAAAAGCAAGAUGGCCUCGACUAACUCUCUUUGAACUAGCUGAAACUGUGGCCUAUUCCCAUGAUUCACAGCUCCUGUCUUUUUUGAAAGCACACGCAGCAUCUCUUUGUCAACUUAGGCUCCUACACUGCAAAAUGACCUGGGUCACAUCAUACAGAUGA